CCAGCACACUAGUCUCUCGCUACAAUAGUGAACCACCUGUCGUCGCAAAAAAAUUAUCAAUGAGAUAAGUGACAAAAGAACUCAUAUCAUGGACAUUGUGAAUGUGAAUAAAUAAUGGCUAAGUUUGAGUUAGCCGUUUUAGUUUUACUAGCUUUAAGUGGAAAUGUGAUUGGUCAAGAAGCUGUUAGUGGAAAGGAAAGAACUAUUAGUGUCGACAAUACAAUUGAUGAAACACCUGUCGAAGAUGUAGAAGUGCAAUCUGAAACUCCUGUACAAGAUGACCCAGUUGAAGUAUUAUCACUCUCAGCUUUGGAGGAGAAAAGUGGUAAAUACCAAAUGUUGGAUGACACCAUGACUGGAGACAUUCCUAACAAUUUGGAAGCUGUUGAUUUAAGUAACGUUCAAAUUGAGAGACAGAUGAUAAGCACAACAUCGCCGACGAACACGGAAUAUGCACAUAUCGACGGCAGAGUCCUGCCUUCAACGAGCUACCAGAACAAUGGACAAUCCUACGUGAUCACGCCACAAAGACUGCAGCAAGUCCGAGGCAACUUCAUGUACUGGUUCUACGAUCAGGGUGGAAACGAGAACAUUGGCGACUACCAGAGAGACAUACACACAUCCACGCCGCAGAUUCACAAGAAUUUCAACUUUCAGCUGCCUUUCUUUGGGUUUAGAUUCAAUUAUACCAGAUUGUCAAUGAAUGGCUACAUCUACUUCAGUGACCCUCCAGAUCACUACACGUACCCACUCUCUUUUCCCGUACGUGAUUGGCCGACCGUGAACGAUCCUUCGUUCAUAGGAAUCUUCUUCAGCAAAUGUCGAAUUGGAAGCCAAAGACCUGAAGAGCCUGACCAAAGGCGACCCGGUGUUUACUUUAGAAUGGACAGAGAUUUACAGACACGAACAGACCAGCUUGGAGUUGAAAUGAGAGAGAGGGUGACGUGGGACAUACGCGAGGGUGUCAUAGGAUCAGAGACAUUCUUCCCUAAGCAUGCCGUUACCAUCACCUGGAAGAAUAUGUCCUUUGCUGGUGGAAUUGACAACUCUUUGUUUAUGACAAACACAUUCCAGAUGGUUUUAGCUACUGAUGAAGUGUUCACGUACGCUAUUUUCAAUUACCUUGAAAUAAAUUGGAGCUCCCACACCGAGGCUGGUGGUGAUACCACGACUGGUGAAGGUGGUGUUCCAGCUUAUAUUGGAUUUAACGCUGGUAACGGCACACAAAGCUACGAAUACAAGCCAUACUCCCAAGCAUCAGUGCUCAGAGACUUGACUGGUCGAGGAUGGGCGAACGGAUUCCCGGGAAGACACAUCUUCAGAAUUGACGAGAAAAUUCUAAUGGGCACUUGCAACAAAGAUAUAGAUGGUGCAAAUCUCCCACUUAUGUUCGCUCCGGAGUCUGGAAAUAUGUUGGGUGGGACUAUUGUUAACAUUACCGGUCCUUGCUUCAGGCCAACCGAUCGUAUAACUUGUAGAUUUGAUACAGAAUCAGUUGUUGGUGUAGUAGUUGAUGAUAAUCGGGCUAUAUGUGUACAGCCAAGGUUUUGGCACAAUGGAUAUGCAAGAUUCGAAAUUGCCAUCAAUAAUGAACCGUACAAAUGGAAGGGAAGAUACUUUGUCGAAACACCAGCUACUGCAGCCGAAAAGAUAUUCUUCACAGACAAUGCGAUACAUGAAAGAUAUCCACCAGAAAUAAAAAUUAGUUGGGAUCGAUUUAAUUUAACAACAAAUCUAAAUGUUCAGCUGCAAAUAAGUUUGUGGGGAUACAAAGAAGUUACAAUAAGACCUCAACUAGAAUUUAUCGAUAUGAUUGAAGCUGGUGUAGCAAAUACAGGCGAAUAUGUUAUAAAUCCUCAAAACUUCAGAAAUCGUGACAAUAUUAUGCAUAACGAUAUGCAAUUUGGCUUUAUACAGAUCAAUUUGACUUCACCAGCAGAUAUUAAGGGAAUGGCCAUAUCUCCAAUUCUGUGGAGUAGGCCUAUUCCGCUUGGCUGGUACUUUGCUCCUCAAUGGGAGAGAAUCCAUGGACAACGAUGGGCACAAUCAUUAUGCAAUAAUUGGUUAAGGACAGACCGUUUUCUCAAAAAUUUCGCUGCUCAGGUUUGGGUAUGUCCGUGCACCUUGGAACACGCGCUUUUGGACAAAGGACGCUUUUUGCCCGAUGUCGACUGUGACAAAGAUACUAAUCCAACAUGCAGAUAUCAUUGGGGUGGGGUUCACUGCGUCAGAAGUGCUUCACCAAGUCCUGAAGGAUCCGGUCAGCAAUGUUGCUAUGACAAGAAUGGUUUCCUUAUGAUGUCGUAUGACCAAAUGUGGGGCUCUAAACCUCAACGUUCUCAUGAUUUUGGUUAUACACCUUACAACGAAGCUAAUAAGGUGCCAUCUUUAUCUCAUUGGUUCCAUGAUAUGAUUCCCUUUUAUCAAUGUUGUAUGUGGCAAGAGGAACAAGCUGUUGGUUGCGAAACAUUCAGGUUUGAACGUCGGCCCUCGCAAGACUGCGUUGCAUAUCAGUCACCUGGUGUCGCUGGUAUAUUUGGGGACCCUCAUAUUGUUACAUUUGACGACCUGCAAUAUACUUUCAAUGGAAAAGGUGAAUUUGUGCUUGUCCGAGUGGAUCACCCCCAAUUGAAGCUGGAUGUUCAGGGCAGAUUUGAACAAGUACCAAGAAAUAUUUAUGGACCCGUUAAUGCAACACAGCUCACAUCUGUGGUUGCUGCUUCGAACAACUCUGUUCCUAUUGAGGUAAGACUGCGUCCAACACAUGCACAAUGGCGGUACAGGUUGGAUGUGUUCGCAGAUGGAAAGAGAGUUUACUUCGAUAGACCCGCACUCAGGGUGCAAUAUUUCCCAGGUGUCACAGUGUACCAACCGAUGUACAUCCUCAACCAGUCUGAAAUCGUGAUCAUGUUCUCCUCCGGAGCUGGCGUUGAGGUGAUUGAGAAUAAAGGAUUCAUGUCUGCGAGAGUUUAUCUUCCUUGGACUUAUAUGAAUCAAACGCGAGGAUUGUUCGGCAAUUGGUCUCUAGACAUAAACGAUGACUUUAUCAGACCGGACGGAACCUUGGCGGCUAUUGACUUGAACAACUUCCAGACAGCACAUCGAGAAUUUGCACAAUAUUGGCAGUUAACGGAUCGUGAACAAAAGGACGUCGGUGUAGCGCUGUUCGUGAGAGAGUAUGGACGGACAGCAGCGUAUUAUAACGAUAAUACUUUUGUGCCGAACUUCAUAAGGGAGCCGAUUGAUUUCCUCCCCGCGAACAGAUCGCAAGAUGUUGAUCGGGCGAUAGAAAUAUGCCAAGACUCGUACCAAUGUAGGUACGACUUUGGUAUGACGCUGAAUAGGGAUAUGGCGGAAUUCACGAAGAACUAUUUAUCUUCCAUUACGAAUAUUAAGGAAACGAACGCUCGUCGAGUCAUCAGCUGUGGGGUUCUAGAAACACCGCGAUUUGGUAGAAAAAGCAAUUUCUUCUUCACUCCUGGUACAAGAGUUAACUUUGAAUGCAAUCAAAACUUUAUACUUAUUGGAGACAAACGUCGCAUUUGCGAAGACAACGGCAGAUGGAACCUACCUGACUAUGGAUACACGGAAUGCUUACGUAACCAGGAAUACUCUCAACGCUCUUUGUUUUUAACCUGGGGCGUCAUAGUGGCAAUUAUUCUACCGUUGGCUCUACUCAUUUGUCUAUUUUGGUUCUGGUGUCACCACAAACCAAAAUCUGAGGGCAAAGAAGGCUUCAGCUUCGCAAACAUCCCGCGAUCAAAAUCAGCUUCUCGACUUAAUCUAAGAUCCGCGUCAAUGGGUAACAUUACUGAUACGAUGAAAUCUUCAACUUUACGUAGCCAAUCAUCUUCAUCAAAACCUAAUAUAGCUGAUACGACAAAUGAGGAAGCUCCUCUUAAAGCUAAUAUGGCUCUAUCUCGAUCAGCACCUGCUCCACCCCAGCCUUUGGAUGGUGAAAGUUCUGGGAUAGGUUACACUGAUUCAAACAAAAGUGAUUCUAAUAAGUCGGAUAAGUCCUCUUUAAAGAAACGACGAGGUUAUGACAAGACAUACAGAACAAAUGAGCCUUUACCUAAUGCUCCGGAUGUUGAGUUCCCUGACAAACCUUGGGAUUUGUCUGAAGAAGAUUUACUUUCGAUAACUUCACCAUCAGACACAGAAUCUAAUAGAGAUUCUACAUUAACUCGGCCCGCAAAAGAUAUAGAAUUCCUAAAACCUAGACAAACAGGACGUCGUAAUUUACCAAGUGAAUCUGGUUAUUCCACCAAGGAAUCAGAAGAUCCAUAUUCUCCCAAAUACGAGGAUAGAUUCAGCCCAAUUUCAUCUCAUUAUUCGCCAACAUAUUCUGAAAUAUAUUCACCUCCAAUCAGCCCAAUACCUGAAAAUAGUCCAAGAAAUACGUACAAUAGCUCUGGAUUACCAGAGCCCCCUAAAAGUGCUCCAGCUACUGAAAUAAAAACUUUUACCCUUCCCCCUCAAAGGGGUAACCAGGAGUAUUCAUCGAGAACUUUGGGUGCAACGUGGGGGAUAAUUUCUGCGGUGAUGGUACCCAUCCUGGUGGUACUCAUAUGUAUUGGAUGGAGAAUACUGCAGAGAAAGAAAGAGGAAGAGAGGGAAGAAAAUGAGUUCCUCGCCGUAAGAUCACGUCCUAUCGACCCAGAUGAGUCUUUGAAGAUCAAUUCGGACGACGACUCCAUUCCUUACAAGAAAGACUCCCAGGAUAGCCCUGAACCCACAGAGGCGGUAAAGGUUGCUGAUAUUGACAGCCAAGAAUUUGGCUACCCACAAUCUUACACUGAAAAUCUUCCACCGCCGCCACCAAUUCAACCACAAACAAACCUACAAUGGAGCGGAGAAACUGAGAUAAACUAAUAAGUGUUUAGAAAAUUUAAAUUUAUUGAGUAUUUGUUUUAUGUAGGUACUAAAUAACGAUAGACUUUUUAGUGUGAGAGUAUAAGUUGGUAAGAACAAGUGGUGCUUCCAGUAUUUCCAAUUAUUUUUUUAUAUAAACAUAAUCUAACAAAAAAUGCUUUGAAAAGUUAUGGUUAUUUGAAAGGCCAAGUAUAAAAUAUAUUUAUAAUAAAUAUUUAAUCAGGUUUUCCGCUACGGCCAUGUGACAUAGAGAGUAGACAUUUAUCUUAAUUAUUAUGUAAGUAGGUAUAAAAGUAUAUUGUACCGAUUCUAGUAACUUUAUUUUAUAUAUAGGGUUGCCAGUUGUACUCUACAGUACGCUUACUUUUUAAAGUAAGUAACUCUAAUAGAGUAGGUACGCUAGAAUGAUCUUUCGUUAAUACUGACUUUUUGGAAAAUGCUACCCAUGCCCAUUAACAUUAAAGAAAAAACUAUUUCCUAAUCUAACUAAACAGAUUCGUGCCAAAGGUAAUUAAAUAACCCGAUUUUUUAUUUAAAUAAGUUAUAGUAAGUGUUUAAUCUGUAGCUACUCAGUAUUUACUUUCUCCGAAAUUCAGAUACACUCUAAUCUUACAUUACCUACAUUCACACACACACACACGCCUUGUUCCCGUCGGGGUAGGCAGAGACAAUAGAAUAUCAUUUGCUUCUAUCCUUAUAAACCUCACGCGCUUCCUCUACAUUCAUUACUCCGUUCAUUCAUGCUCGCUGGUUGCGGGUGCUACGGACCUCUCCUUUUCUCAAAACGUCCCCAAUUUGGACAACGAAUGUUCUACGAGCUCUCCCGCGAUCGACUUGCCCACACACACUUGCCUUUUAUCUAAUUUUCUUUCAUUCAUUACCUACAUUCCUUACAAAUUAUGUACGUACAUAGAUACAUACUUAUAUUUAUUUAAAACUGAUUUUAAAUAUAUACUUAUACAGUGUAUUCUCGCAUAGUAUGGCACGAUAUCACUAUUAUUACUACUAUUAAUAAGAAAUUAGUAUCUACGCAUUUCAAAGAUUCAUUCGGAGAUUUUGUUUUUUCAUAACCUCCUUCGUAUUUCGAUAUAAAAAUAAUAUGUAGCUAAGUACGAACCUAUUUACGAAUUUAGCUCUAAAUGUUUUAAAACCUCUAUUUUAAUAUAAAGAUUUUUGUGCCCACCUUUAUAUCGGAAGAAUUAGGUUAGUCAUGACAAUAUUGUAAUUAUUAUUAAGAUUUUUUCUUAUUUGCGUAUUAUUUUCUAAGAAGAGAGAUACUUACUCUUGUACUUAUUACAUAUUCUUCGACAUAACACUAAUGUUAUUAUAAUUAUAACUUAAGCGGGUUUGAAGAGCCUGUAUUAUUUUUUAUUAACUUUAGCUUAAAUUUAUUAUCAAUAAAUUUAUAAUUGCCAAAUAAAAUAUUAAUGUAUUUA